AGUGUGGAAUUUUGUGUCAGUAGUAGGGUUUUCAAUGGAGCAUUUUCCUUCUCAACAUGGCUUGCAAUUCGAAUCUGAACCUGGCGCCUACCAUGGUGAUGCGAAUGAUGAGCUCGCAAAACCCUCCCCCAAUCCUCGUGAUUCGUCUUCAGGGUUAGUUACUUCUGUAGUGGGUGGUGGUACAUGGGUUUUGUGGAGAAAGGGGUUUUGCAGCGUUAGGAAACUUUUCGUUGGGGGCAUUUCAUGGGAAACUUCUCAAGAAUCAUUUUUUAAUUACUUCAGCAAAUAUGGAGAAGUAACGGAUUCGGUAAUAAUGACAAAUAAACUUUCUGGAAGGCCACGCGGCUUUGGCUUUGUAACAUUUGCCGAUUCAGCUGUAGCAGAUGAAGUUUUGGCCCAGGAACAUACCAUUGAUGGCAGAGUGGUUGAAGUGAAGAGGACAGUCCCUAGGGAGGACAUGGAAGGAAUUGGAGUACUAAAAACAAAGAAGAUAUUUGUAGGGGGAAUACCCCAACUUUUCACUGACGAUGAGUUGAGGGGAUACUUUUCGCCUUAUGGCGAUGUUGUUGAGUGCCAAAUCAUGUUAGAUCACAAUACUGGGCGAUCUAGAGGCUUUGGAUUUGUAACUUUUGACAACGAAGAUUCAGUUGAAAAGGUAUUUUCGGCGGGAAAAAUACAUGAAAUUGGAGGCAAGCAGGUUGAGAUUAAGAGAGCUGAGCCCAAAAGAUCUGGAGUUGAUCACAGCAGUACCUCACGAAAGUCAUAUGGUGGUUUUAGCAAUGGAAUGGAUGGAUAUGGUGGGAAUAGCUCUAGAAAUCGUAAUCAUGCAAAAAGAGGUGGACAGUAUACAGAUUCUGGAAUGAACGGAGCAUAUGGCUACUUUGAGGGAAGCUUUGGCGGAAGUGCUGCCACUGUUUAUGGUGGUUAUUGUGGGUAUGGUUAUGGCUUUGGAUAUGGUGGACCGAUGUAUUGCUAUGGCGGCUAUGGACUGAAUUCUUAUGGUAAUCCUGGGGUUUAUGGUGGUGGCACUAUUUCCCAUGGAGAUGGUAAUGCAUAUGGAAGAAACGGUAGUUUCAACCGCAGCAGUGGCUAUGAUGGUGGGAAAGGGGCUGAGAAGGACGAUGGUCCUACAACCGGAAGGUACCAUCCUUACUGGAAAUGAAUUUUGGUAUCCAGAGUCUGCAGACCGUACAAUGCUCCAAAAGGUAUGGCUGCGACAGCAAUAGCACCCUCCAGGUUUGAUGCAGAUAUAAUUCAUUCAGAUGAGAAGUUGGGAAACAAAAGGUAUAUAUGUUAUUGUAUCUAAUUGAUUUUGCAAAACUUUCUUGGAGUUUCUUUGAUAAGGACUAGGCUGAUUUGUAGAAGCGUCAUAUAUGAAAGGUCCCUAGAUGCUGGUAAAAAUUAACUACCAGAAGCCAAAAUCACACACAAACACUUAGAUUUCUCGCUACAAAUAUGUUAAGAAUCAGGUUUAUUCAAAAUCAUCUCGGUGGAAA